UUGGAUCCACAAGAAAGUGAGAAAGCUAUAAAUGCUGUGUUGGUUUGAUGUUGUUUCCUUUCACCUUCUUUCAACGACCAAGUAAUUUUAUACAACACACCCAACGUGACCCUCUCUGUACCCGUCAUCCAUCAAAACCCUCCCUGCAUCCUUUCGAUCAUACCAUCAAUCAAAACCCUGAUUCAGAAAUGGAGUUUUUUACACACCCAUCUCGUUCUUCACAGAUUUCUUCUGUUACAUUUACAAAUUUGGUUGUCAAAGUCAAAGAUUUCUUCAGUUCUGCAGUUUCUGCGAUUCUUGGGAACGUCUUCUCUGCAAUUUUCACCUUUUUCUUCGCAUUAGUGGGUACUUUAUUAGGAGCAUUAACUGGGGCUCUGAUCGGCCAAGAAACUGAGAGUGGAUUUGUCAGAGGUGCUGCAGUUGGAGCCAUUUCUGGUGCUGUUUUUUCGAUUGAGGUCUUCGAAUCUUCACUUCUUUUGUGGCAAUCUGAUGAAUCUGGGUUCGGAUGCCUUCUCUACUUGAUCGACGUCAUUGUAAGCUUGAUAAGCGGAAGACUUGUUCGUGAGCGGAUUGGUCCGGCUAUGUUGAGUGCGGUACAAAGCCAGAUGGGUGCGGUUGAAACGAGCUUUGAUGAGGUUCAUAACAUAUUUGACAUCGGUGGUUCUAAAGGCUUGCCGGAAUAUUCGGUUGAAAAGAUACCUAAAAUCACCGUUACAAGUGACAACAAUAUGGAUGAUUCGGGGGAGAGAGUCUCGUGCUCUGUAUGCCUUCAGGAUUUUCAACUCGGAGAAACUGUGAGAAGUUUGCCACAAUGUCAUCAUAUGUUUCAUCUACCGUGUAUCGAUAAAUGGCUGGUAAGACAUGGAUCUUGUCCAUUAUGCAGGCGCGAUCUCUGAAAAUAUUCUUCUCUUCUCUGUAAAUUCUGAAAAAUGCGACAUUUCUCGUAUUCUGACACAUAGAAGAUGUUUUUUUAUUUGUCUAUAUAAACCGUAAGUUAUAUAAUACACGAUGUUUUGUA